AUGUUUUAUAUCUUUGCUUUGUUUUAUUUAUUUCUCUUAGAAUUACAAAUUAUUAGUAGUAUCGACAUUGAACAAAGUCCUCUAACUGUAAUUGGUGAUAAAAAUGUUACACGUCAAAGUAAUUUAAUAACUAAAUCAUUUUCAAAACUAUCUAUCAAUGGACUAUUUUAUUGUUAUGUUACAUGGACUGAUCAUAAACAAACUAUGGAUAUCUAUACAGAUAAUAAUAUUCAUCCAUAUGUUAUAGUUCAUAUCGAACAAGAUACAUUAGAAAUAGCGAUUCAAUUUGAUGCAAAUUUUAAAUUUACUAAAAUGGAUAUUUAUCUUUAUAUACAUCCAACAAUUGAUGAAAUUUUCUUAGGUGGAAUUAGUACUUUACAUAGUACAAAUGUAUUAAAGACUGAUAGUCUCUUAAAAUUACAUAUUCAAGAUACGAGUAGCCUUAUUCUUCAGUUGGAUAUAUUCAAUCUUGAUGCUCUCUUUUUAUCAGCUGGAACGACUAAAUUAAUUGGCCAUGUAAAUGAUAAAGCAAUAAUUAAAUACGAUGGUAUUGGAGAUGUUGAUGCAUCUCAAUUGUUUUGUAAAUUUGUUGAUAUCGAAGCUAAUGGACUCGGCACUAUAUGGAUAACGGGUACAGAGGAAUGUUUUAUCAAAGCUGAAGGUGUAAGCAUUGUAAGAUACAACUGUACUAAUAUACAUAAUCCUCAAGUGACUGGUUUGGCAAAAAUAAUUCCAGUUUAA